AUGACUCGGACUACGCCGAAGUUGCCCAAGCAGCAACUCUUGAUUCUUGCAAUAUGUCGAUUUGCUGAGCCGAUUGCUCUGACUUCAGUUUUUCCAUACCUUCCUGAAAUGAUAGAGUCCUUCAAUGUGCCCACCGACAAAAUUGCACAAUGGGCUGGCACUACGUCUGCCAUCUUCUCCCUAUCUCAGUCACUUACGGGCAUCUGGUGGGGCCGAGCAUCUGAUCGAUUUGGACGGAAACCCACUAUUAUAGUAGGCUUGCUUUGCACCAUGGCAUCCAGCCUGCUGUUUGGCUUCUCGAAGACUCUCCUCUGGGCACUUCUGGCACGAGCACUGGGAGGCUUAGCAAAUGGUAACGUGGGCACCAUUAGGACUGCGGUUGCAGAACUGGUCCCUCAGAAAGAGCUUCAACCACGGGCAUUUUCUAUCAUGCCGAUGGUUUGGCAAACUGGAAGCAUUCUUGGACCGGCUUUUGGGGGAGCCCUCGUUCAUCCUAAUGAACAUUUCCCCGGCUUGUUCCAUGAUAACUCCUUUUUCCGGCGGAAUCCUUUUUGUCUCCCUGGCCUUGUUGCUGGAAUAUUCUUCUUGGUUGGGAUUCUGUCUGGGCUUUUAUUUCUGCAGGAGACCCUUGAGGCUAAAAAGCAUAGAACAGACUAUGGUCUCAUGCUUGGAUCUGCACUUACAACAUCAUGCUCAAAGAGAAAAGUAAGACGGUGGCCCAAAUCGUGGCAGUCUUCAGAUGACGAGUCUCGUCCAUUCUUGGAUGAAGAGCCAGCCGGAGAGCCUGGCACACCUAUGUCAAGAACGAGGUCGUUCAAAAAGCAGAUUCCCAGUAAAGAGCCUGGAUAUCGAGACGUCUUUACCCGACAAUCAAGCAUCAACCUUUGUGCUUACACUUUGCUGGCAAUGCAUUCAGUUGCCUAUGACCAACUAGUCCCAGUUUUCAUGCAUCAUCCACAACAGAACAUCAAAAAUCCUGAUGUACACUUGCCCCUCAAAUUUGCAGGUGGAUUUGGCAUCAAUUCCGGCAGAAUAGGAGCUCUUUCUACCAUUUACGGGGUUUUCGGCAUGCUCAUUCAAUUCACAGUCUUCCCUCCGCUCGCUCGGAAGUUCGGGGUACUGAGGUGUUUCAAGUCAACUGUACUUAGUUUUCCAAUCAUCUACGUCCUGACCCCGUUCACUUCUUUGCUCCCUACGCAAUUCGUGCAGCAGACUGUUAUGCUAGCGCUAAUGCUUUGUAAGGGAUGGUUAUGUGUCUUUGCUUUUCCUUGCUCCACAAUAUUAUUGACAAAUUCUGCCGUAAGUCUGAAGAUCCUCGGAACGUUGAAUGGAGUUUCUACUAGCAUUUCAGCAAUUGGUCGAGCUGCUGGCCCAGCUCUUUGUGGUGUUGCAUUCACAGCUGGUGUCGACAAAGGCUAUAUCAUUGCGCCAUGGUGGCUAUUGGCGAUUAUAUCGAUUUUUGCUGCAAUUCCGGUCUUUUGGCUUAUUGAAAUGGAAGGUUUUGGAAGCAAAGAUAAGGAGGAGGAGGAUGCCAAUGGUUCAGAGGAAGAAGAGGUGCGCGGAGAGUCCAACAAUACUUUUUCUACCCCUGAAGCAAAUCUGCAUAAGAAACUGUCUACUGCGGCAGCAGACGAAGAUGCCGUAGUUGACGAGCCAGAAGAAUGCUUGGACGAUGGUUCACCGCUGAGGAAGACACUGUCUUAUAGUAGCACACGCGGAUGCUUCAAAAGUGGUUCGAAACCGUUGCCUCCAAUCGGCAUGGGCGAGGGCAUUAUUCCUCGAAGUGCAAAAAGACUGAGCAGCGAUCUUGGUGCUAAAAGAAGUGGACUUGGGACGGGAGUGACAAUGGUUCAAUGA